UUAACAUCGUUUCACGUAAGCGUCUCGUUCCUGAAAGUUAAGAUGCAGCGAUGUUGUAACAACCGGUCGAUGUUGUUCUUUGGCCCCUACUUAUAUCAUGUAGUUUGUUGAUCCAACGUAUAGAUGCAAACCACAGAUCUGGUGCUACAAAAAUAUCAUAAAACUGUUGUCUUAAAAAGUAAAAUUAUUAAUGAGCAGUUGUUGUUGAUGUUUAGUAACAUAUCCAGUCAACAGAAAUUGUAUUUAUUUAGCAAUAAUCAUCAGAGUAUUUGUGAUAUUUAAUAAUACUGUUAACAUUUAGCUAUAUCUAGUCAAGAGUUCAAGAUACAGUUUGAAUAUCAUCGACUUUAAACAAAAUUUUCACAUAAAUUUUAACGUAAAAUUUUCGUGCCAAAUUUGUCGAGUCUUCAAAAGAAAUAAAUAUUGAUAAUUGAUUGAGAAAAAGCAAAAAUAAUAUUUCAAAAAUAUACAUAUAUUAAUUAAUUACAGAAUGUCUGUAUGUACAUGGAUGUUAAAAACAUAAUCAACCUUAGUGACGGUGCAAUACAAAGUUAGUUCCUAAUAAUUGAAAUUCCGCUUAAAUAUCCGAUAAGAAAGUCUGAAGUUCACUUGAUGUUAAAUCACUUAUUCUUACUUGACAAAUCAGAAUAGAUUAUAUACUCUAAAAAGAAAAGAAAAAAACAAUAUUCAAACAAAGACGUUUAUUCGUUAUCGCUGAUUUUAUUGUAUACUCCCACACCGUACUAAUCAGGAGUAAUAACCACAAACAUCAACAGUAAUACGACUUUAUAAAACGUCCUCUUCCAGGCAGCAGUGUUACAUGUGAACCAAGAAAUAGUAAUCUACAACAAUGUGUUCUCUUUUGCUACGUACGAGUCCGUCCCGUUGGUUGGCCAUUACUCGGAACUGGAACUUUACAGAACUUCACAAACAACCAUUACUGUUAUCCGGAGUAUCCAAUGUGGUUUCCAGAGCCCAAUAUGCUGACCAGCCUCAUGCUAAGUUCUUCCCAUCCAAAAUCACACCAAUGUUACCUAAAGAUACUUUCCAAGGUAAAGUCGCUUUCAUUACCGGCGGUGGCACUGGUUUGGGAAAAGCCAUGGCAACAAUGCUUUCAGAGCUUGGUGCCGCUGUGGUAAUAUGUAGCAGAAAUCUAGAAGCUCUAAACAAGGCAGCUGAUGAAAUCUCUCAGAAAACUGGCAACACCGUCGUUCCCGUCGCUGCAGAUGUCCGGGAUGUAGAAGCCAUCGAAGCUGCUGUCAACAAAUGCGAAUAUUCAUUUGGUCUCCCCAACAUUAUUAUCAAUAAUGCUGCUGGCAACUUUAUAUCACCAACAGAACGACUUUCUGCUAAUGCUUGGAAGACCGUCACAGACAUUGUAUUAAACGGCACUGCCAAUGUGACUCUUGAAAUUGGUAAACGACUCAUUGAAGCCAAACAAGCUGCUGCUUUCCUGUCCAUCACAACUGUUUAUACCAUGAGCGGUUCAGGAUUUGUAGUACCAAGUGCUUCUGCCAAGUCUGGAGUUGAAACUCUUAGCAUGUCUCUAGCAUCUGAAUGGGGUCGCUAUGGAUUAAGGUUUAAUUGUAUUGCACCAGGGCCUAUUGAGACUAAGGGAGCCUUCAGCCGCCUUGACCCUACCGGUUCUUUCAAAAAGGCUGUCAAGAAACGGAUUCCUGUUGGACGCUUGGGUGAACCAGAAGAAUUAGCCAAUUUGGCACUUUACCUAGUCAGUGAUUAUUCCAACUGGGUCACUGGUGCUGUUUUCCGUUUUGAUGGAGGCGAGUAUCCAAGUAUGGCCGGGGAGUUCAACAGCCUCAUCGACAUUACUCCAGAACAGUGGGACAUGAUGGAGAAAAUGAUCCGUAAAGUGAAGGGCUCCUAAACAGAAGAUAACUCCUCUUGUGUCCUUGCUGAAAACAUACUUCCAUUGCCAAUUCCACACAUAAACUCUAAGACAUACCAUCAUGUCAGUUUCCCAGAAGAGCAGAUUAUAUUUUAGUUUAUUUUUAUUUGUAUUAAAAAAAAAUUGAUGUGAUUUCUGACUUUGACUACAAAAUGGCAAAUAUAUACUACUACUACUACUACUA